AGCUCCUGAGGAAAACCGGAACUGCGUCGUGUGUGCGUCGGUCGCUCGGUUGGUCGGUCGGUCGUCGUUCCGUUAGUUUGUGCUGCAUCACUCGAGGUUACCCCCAGGCGCGGUUAGUUUGCAUUUUGCGUGUCGUCGUCGUCGUCGUCGUCAUCGCCGGGCCGGGAUCUGGAAGUCGUUGUUGUGGAGGAGAGGUCGUUGCUCGUUGAGGAAGCACAGACGUACGGAAUUCGGAGCAACCUCAAUGUUUUCCGUCUGUCAGUUCGGUAUGCGUCCGCGAGGGGCCGGGGGUGCGUCGUGAGGGAUUUUUCUACGGUUCGGGUUCGCAUAUGCAAAGCAAAGCGAUAGACAGCUAUACGACAGGUAUACGGUUAUACGGUCCAAAUAAUCCAGCAGCAGCAGCGGACGGGGGGUCUAAAUGUGCUGUUGAUAGCCCUGGUGUAUAGCGUUGAUGUAACGAGGGCACACAGGUGAAUACGUACAUACACACACACAUGGUCAUACAGAGAGAGUGAGGAUAACGGAGAACGCAAAUGCAGCAUUUUUGCAAUUCAAAUCUUCCUCCCCCUGCGUCAAGGCUGCCGUCUACCGACCGCGCGCGCGUGUGAUGAUGCCCCAAAGGGCGGCGGCAGCAGCAGUGAAGGUGAAUUAACUUGUAGGAAGUGGUGGUUUUUUUCGGGCUCGCAAAAGGCUUAAUUUAUUCUACCAAUCGACCGACCACAGGAACAAGUACGAACUGGACUGGACCUGAGGCAGCUGAUUUGCAUGCAGUGCAAUGAGGAUCGGUCUAUGCGGACCUUCAGUGAAUCUAUACAACUCUAGUGCGUCCGACCUAGGAAGUUUUGAAUUCCAUCGAUAGACAACGGAGUAAAUGUGAUAAAUUUCUGGUGUCAAACAGAAUCGCAGUCAAUUUGGAUUACACGAUACAUAUCAGCAGCAAUAGCAGCAGCAGCAGCAGUAAAGGUCUUCCAAGGUGGUAGCAGCGAGUGUGAGUGUGAGCCUAUCCCUGAGAGGGACGAAGCAAUGAAAUAAAUUUGAAUUUAAUUCGAUCCGAUCUUUCCGCAUUCCGGGAAAACCCAGUUCCUUCUUGGCAGCGAAGAAGCCACGUAACGGAAUUACUGAGAAUGCCCAAUUGGAUAAGGUGUGUCAUGUGCAGAUUCGGACGGGAUUCCGAAGAAAGUUGUGUCUGUGUUGCAUAAAUUCUGGCGAGAUCAGUGCUCCAGGUGAAUUGUGACCGUUGUCAGAUGGUGGUUUCACCGGAAAAUAAGGAUACCUUCCCUUCGACACAUAUCAGUACCCAGAGUGAAUAUUAAAAAAAAGCAAGAGAUUAAUCCGUUCUACCCAAUCAAAGCAUAUCAUCCUUUUUCUAGUGGUGUUUUCGUAAGCGUUAAGGUAGUGUUUUAAGUGAGUGUUAUCCAAGGGUAAAAUAAUCGUAGAGAAGAAAAGUUGUGAUUUUCUAAAUUCUAACGCCUCUGCCGUAGCAAUUGUAAAUUCUUCGUUUGUGUAAGUGUUAAGCUGUGUUAAGUAAGCUCAAUCAACGGGUGUAGCUCGAUUUCCCCCUCUUGCGGUAAGUUCGUUGCUCUGACUGACAGCGACUGCUCAAUUUUUCGUAUAACAAAGCAAACAGAAAAUCGUUCAUCAGUAAGGACAAAAUCAGCGUUCAGCAAAGGAAUUUCAAUACAAGAACAGACGAUUUUUAAUCUAACAAAACCGGACCGGAAAAUAGGUGCUACCAAACUGUUAGUGGAAAAACAGCUGCUGUUCCCGAUUCUCUGUGAAAGGAAACUUUUCAACGUAGGAGCUUUUAGCCAGGGAUAAACCCAUACAUAUCAUCAUGCUAGUGACAAUGCUGCGAUUCGUUUUGGUCGUUCUGAUUCUAGGACCGAAUAUUAAGACUGCAAUAGCUAUAUUAAAUUGUAUAUUAGCGAGACAACUCUGUUUCGAGGAUCCGUCAUGUUCCGCCAUCCUAGAAAUCAUCCCACGCGUGUGCGGGCCAGUACCAGUGGCCUGCAGCACGGUGACAGUGACCAAAUGUCAGGCGGCCCUGCGGACGCUGCAGGCGUUUCCGUUUUUUCGGCCAACCUGCCUGUGCAAGGAGCCCGGCAUCGAUCCGGACUGUAACUACUUUCGGGAUUUCCUGUUCGACCAUCCGUGCGGCUUCGUGUCCAAGAAAGAGAAAGACCCCUACCCGGUGGAUGCACUGCCCACGUGUAAUCACGCGCUAUCCGUCUGUCAGCAGGAGCGAAAGUGCAUCAAACUGUUCGAUGAUUUCAAAACGCACUGCAAGGUGCGGGAAAACAAGUGCCGGAUGGAAGAUAGAGAAUUGUGCUACGAAGCAUGGACUAAUCUCCGAUUAUCGCCGAUGUUCGGGUGUAUCUGUCCGAACAACCACAUGAAGCGCAGAUGUGAUAAAAUAUUUAGCGUUGUUAACCAUAAUCCCUGCGUUGUGCGAGCGAUGGGCAUGGACGAUAAUUAUCAUCGCUUGCUAGACCAGAACAUGGCACUGAUCGAGACCCCGCUGGUGGCGCCUCCCCAUGCCUACUUUCCGCAGCACUUCAAGACGGCCCUCUAUCCGUACAACAUCUCCGGCUACCAUCGGCAGCACCAGCACGGACAUCACGGUGGCCACUUUGGCAUGCCUCACGGCAACGGCAACGGCAAUGGGCAUGUCCAGUAUGGCGGCGAAAAUGAGUACCACCUGGCCGGUUCGGUUCCCCCUGCGGUGGGCAACAUCCUGAUCAGUAUGGACGGAGAUGAUGAUGGGGCCGACGCGGCCAUCGAAAACGGAGGAUACUACGACAACGCGGUGGAAAGACAAAUUGGAUCCGACGAUAUCGAGGAGAAGGAAGCCGAGAUGAGUUUCAUCCAUUUUCAGAGCACCUGCCACCUGGCCAUGGACUCGUGCCGUUUGGACUCAGGCUGCAACUCCGCCUUCAAGACGGUAAUGAUGCACUGUGACCUUCACCAUUGCAACCGGAACGCCUGUAUGGAAUCGUUACAGAGCUUCUACAAGGGCAUACACGACGACCUGAGUCUGGACAUUGCCUUCUGUUUAUGCAGGAAAACACCGAACCGUCACGACAGCUGCAUGAUUGCUCAAGAAAAGCUCCACCCAGCUUGUGCCCAACGGCCACCGGAGAACCUCAGUGCUCAGGAGCCAAACGGAGCGUUGUUCAGUCCACCACCGUCCUGCCAUACGGUGGCAGAAAUGUGCCGUCAGGAAGAAGAUUGCCGAGCUCGGCUGGAGGUGUUUGAACAGUCAUGUGCCGUGGACAGCGUUACGAAGAAGUGCGCCGGAAAGACCAGCGGUUGCAGGCAAGCCAUGCUCGGUAUCCUCGGAACACCUCUACGCACGAACUGUGCCUGUCAGGGAUCGGAUCUACAGCAGCUGUAUGAUUGUCUUGGUUGGCAGAGAUUGCUCUGGCUGAAUCCUUGUGUCGUCGAAUCCCAAAAAGAUUUCCACUUGAAGCGCCUAGCUGAGCUGGGUUUGUUGACAACGACAACGACUCCAACGACGACCACAAUGCGCACAACUCGUCCUACACUGCCACCAACUCCACCACCAACGAAGCCGAAACCUGUCUAUCGUCCGAAAACUACCGUGGCCCAACCGAUCGAGACAAACUACAUCGAAACGCCGGACACUCGUCCGGAAACGCUGGUGCACAAGGGUAACGAAUUGAUCACCCGAACCGAUCUGGAUCCACCACACCCGGACGAGUACGAAAGCAGGGGGAAAGUAAUACAUGCAUUCCAGGAAGUGGAUCACGAUGAUGAUGACGAUCGACCUCCGAUCGGCAACAACAAGAUCCAUCAACGCCCCGACGAACAGGUACUGCAGAUGCUAACGACGGAAGCGAUGGAGAUCGAGACUCUUCCGCCAACGACUACCACUACUACGACUACGGAACCAACGACUACACCGGUCCCGAUUCGCUACUGCGUAGUACAACGCUCCCAACAGUCAGAUCAACACAUAGCGGAGGGGAAAAGUCGACGGCUCUACAUGCUGGACGACGCCGAAUGCAGUGAGCUGUGCUUCUGUGGAGGUGGCGAUACGUUGUCACUAACGUGCCAUGCGCUGUGCGUCCCACUUGCACCGUGCCGGACGUCGUUGGCAUACUACAGUCAUGCAGCACCGGCUUACCAAGCCUACCGGGGGCGUUGCUUAUGCUACUCCGGCAGGUUCAUCUGUAUGCGACCACCACCUGGAGAGUAUUCGUUGCCAGGUGGAAUCUUUCUGUUACUAGGUUAUAGUUCUACCGACGAAGCACUGUUAAGACCGCACACUAAUCUAGGAGUUCAGGACGCUGUUCGAGCGCUGCAGCAGUACGUGCUGCAGCAUGUCAACAAUGAGACCUCUUGUACAUUAACAUUAUUUAACAUCACCGAUGAAAAUAUCAUCCUAUCGAUAAGACUACCCCACGAUCCUAAGCUUUCGAAUAUAGAGUUACUUAGGCUAGAGAAGGACCACUGUACAAAGAUCCUCGAAACCAUCAGUCACCAGAUCAACACCCAGCACGUCGAGAUGUCCGCCCACCGUCUGCUGAGCAUCUUCAAGAUGGCCGAGGUGCAAGUGGUUUGGCCGGAAAUCAGCCGAGCCACUCGGCCGCCCACAGCAUCGGGACCCCAGCUGCUCACCUUGCUGCUGGCACUCGUCGCGUCCUCGGCCGUCCCAUUCGUCCGGUGGCACGUGCAAACCCUCCGAUGGUUCGUCGUCACGUGACGUUAGGUUUCAUCACAGGUCGUCAUCGUCAUCAUAGGCUAAUCACGUCCAAAUCGCGUGCACGCGUGCGCGUGUGUGUAAUGUAAUUGCACUCCGUUACUUCACCAGCAACUUCAACAACAACAACAACAACAUCAACAUCAACAAUAACAACAACAUAUGAAAGAUACGCUUCGUUUUCGGCUUCAUCCCAUACGCCCUUCUCUAGUUGAACUACUUACACACAUCGUUGUACAUGAGGUUUGUAUAAUAAAAAAUUGAACUCAUACUAACACUAUACUCAGAAACAUGUUGAACCACAAAACUGUUACACUAUUGCGCCCCCUAGUCAUAAACAAAAACUACACUAAACUUUUUAGAAGAGAAAUGAAUUGCUAAGAAAGAACAUUCUUUGAACAAAACAAAGGGAAAACAGUUACGUUUUUUACUUGAUAUAAGAGAAAGGUGGGCAAGUGUUGUGUAAAAAGCUGCGACUGACUUUAAAAAAAAGGAUUUUUUGUGUUUCAAAACUUCCGGAGCGAUUGUGUGAGAGUGCGACGCAAGUGAAUUGCGGUAGUAGAUGUCAAAUGUGUUCUAAUAGAAAGUAUAAUGA